AUGCAAGAGCUGGAAUUAUUUAUUGGAAAAAGUGGUUCAACUAUUGAAAAUAUAAAACAAGAUACUAAUGCUUCACUUACCAUUACAUCCAAAUCUGUUAUGCCAGAAAGAGUUAUGACUAUUACUGAUAAAGUUCGAAUAAAAGAAAUUGUUUUGGAAAAGAUAUUACUAGAAGAUCCUCAUCAUGAUAGUGUAUCAAGUGUUAAUUAUUUCAACAUUCGAUUAGCUAUUAAUUAA